AUUGGGCCCGCAUAAACCCUAGUUGGAUUCCAAGUUCACAACAUAUAAAACCCUUGCACGCCUUUGCCAUUGCCGUCUUUCUUCUGCAGAGGGAGCUGAAUCAAGAUGUCGAAGCGAGGACGGGGAGGCUCCGCGGGCAACAAGUUCCGGAUGUCGCUAGGUUUGCCGGUGGCGGCGACGGUCAACUGCGCUGACAACACCGGGGCGAAGAACCUCUACAUAAUAUCCGUGAAAGGAAUCAAGGGGAGGCUGAACAGGUUGCCGUCGGCGUGCGUCGGGGACAUGGUCAUGGCGACGGUGAAGAAGGGCAAGCCUGACCUCCGCAAGAAGGUCAUGCCCGCCGUCAUCGUUCGCCAGCGCAAGCCCUGGCGCCGAAAGGAUGGGGUCUACAUGUACUUCGAAGAUAAUGCUGGUGUCAUUGUGAACCCUAAAGGAGAAAUGAAAGGAUCUGCAAUAACAGGUCCAAUUGGAAAGGAAUGUGCUGACUUGUGGCCAAGGAUUGCUAGUGCUGCAAAUGCUAUUGUUUGAGUACAAACACCGAAAGUGACUGGAGCAUCAAUUUUGUUUGUCUGGUCUAGAAUUUUUAUUAUUGUAUGCUUAUCCAUCAGUUUUUUAUGGUAUAAUUGGAACUUGCUUUGUGACCUUUGUCUGAUCUGAGAGACCAUUUUGUUUUCAUCAUAGGUUUAUAAUACUUGACUUAGCUAUUGCCUAGCUCUAUCAGUUGUUUGAGAAAAUAAUCAUUCAUAUUAAUGUGAUAUUGUGAUCGUGUGGGUA